AUGGAAGAGCGAGAGAGGAUACCUGUGGUGGAGGGGAUGCUCGCGCAGGAUAUACCUGAGGACGUGGAGGGGGUACCCAAGGAGGAGAGGGUACCGGAGAUGGAGGUGGUAUCGGAGGUGGGGGUGGAGGUGGUACCCGUGCAGGGGAUACCCGGGGAUGCCGAGGGGGUACCGGAGGAGGAUAGGGUAUUGGAGCUGGAGGUGGUACCCGUGCACGGGAUAACUGGGGAUGUCGAGGGGGCACCGGAGGAGGAGAGGGUACCGGAGGUGGAGGUGGUACCCGAGAAGACGCCAGACUCGCCGGUCGUGGUCUUUGUGUCGGAGGAGGUGGUCCCGACAGCGGGCGAGGGGGUCGUCCCGAUGGCUGGGGAGAUGGAGAUUCCCGAGGCACAUGAGGAGCGGGUGGUCGGCAAGAGGCCAAGGGUGCCAUCACAGUACGUUCUUUCUCCGUUUACCGCGGAGGCGAAGAGGAGAAGGUUCGUCGACGGGACGCACCGGAAUUUAUUCAGGGAGGUGGACCACGCCAAGUGGAAAGCCUUUGAGACAGAGUGGAGAGCACUGCAGCCUGGGGCCAGCCGCACGAUUGCUGAGAAGACGAUCUCAAAUGCUUACAAGUGGUUCCACGACAUCACCACUUCGGGGGCUUGGCUCGCCGACGAUCACAUCGACUUGAGCAUGGAUUUACUACGGGAUCGUGCUGAAAGACUUUAUUCGUGCCGUUGA